CAUAACUUCAAAUCACGUCUUCUUUCUUUCACUGAACCCCGGUCUAGGGUUUUUGUUCCGAGUUUUUGUGAUGUUGGCUUUCCACUUGCUUGCUUGAGUGGAUAAGAAACUGAUUGUUUACUUGGAAAUACUCUUAUGUUUGAUUGAAAUUUGCUGUUAUUGAAAAAUAAGAAGAAGAUUUUGCUUCAUUUAAUUGGGGAAUAGCAUUUAGUUGAGUAUCAACAAGAUAGAAUUAUAUGAUUGAUUUAUGAAUGAAUGAAUUUCAGCAAUUUUGAGUUUAUUUGAUUUCAGUAAAAAAUUACAGGAAUGAGAAUGUCUUGGAUUUUAUUUUGGGAAAGAAUGGAACCCCCGGAUGCCAUUAUUUUCAGAAUUUGUUAACUACUUAAAUUCAGUAAAAUAUUCGAGGAAUGAGAAUGUCAUGGAUCGAUUUCCAGCAAUUGAAUGGAACCUACAUUUGGAUGCCAUUCUUUUGAGAGUUCAUUUAAUCGAAAAGCGAUUAUCAUUAUUGAUGGUGUCGGCGGUGGCUUGGGGACUGAAGAUGGUGGUGAUUGUACAUUUGUAUGGUAGUAGUGUAGAAGGAAGAGAACGAAGUUGGUGGCGGUGAUUAUGAUUUGUGUACGGUGGUGCUACUUCUGAUGGUCAGUAUAGUGGUGGUGGUGGUGAACGACUGAUCAUCCGAGUUAGAGUUGAAUAAGGCGCUGAAUAGCGAUUUUGAUUAUGAAAUGACGUAUCUGGUGGUGAUGCUGGUGGCGAUGGGUGGUGGUGAAGGAAAAAGCAGUUUGACUUUGACUUUGUUUUCAUAUCAAAAAUCUUUUCAUUCUCAGUUUCCACAAAGGAGCAAGGGUCAAGAAACUUCAUAUGCGUGAGCAGCUUCUCUUCUCUCUUUAAUUUUUCUACAUUGCAUACUUAUAUCCAGUCGUCAAUUUUAUAUCCCACAGUAGCUCUGAAUUAAUCUUUUAUUCUCUAUCAAGAAAUUCCAAUAGCUCUGAAAAUUACCAGAGAAAAGAAACUGUUAUUAUGGGUAUUGAAAGAAGAAGAAACAUCAAACUCAUUCUUCCUUGUCUCUUUACUUUAUUAUCCUUCUUGAUUGGUUAUUAUAUUAGUGAUGCACUAGACAUUUCAGACCACCAAACAGUAGUAUCUUCAGGGGGGAAAUUCAGGCUAGGCUUCUUUAGCCUUAAGAAUAGUUCUACCAAUCGUUAUGCUGGAAUAUGGUUCAAUAAUAUUCCGGGACCGACAAUUAUAUGGGUAGCUAAUCAAGACAAACCACUAAAUGAUUCUUCUGGUGUUUUGAAAAUUGCAGAUGACGGAAAUCUUGUAGUUUCUGAUGGCCGAAAGAACAUUCUUUGGACUUCAGGUUUGUUGUCUAAUGCCAGUGUUGUUGACACGGAAGCUGAAUUAAUGGAUACAGGGAAUCUGGUUCUACGAGAAAAGACAAGUGACAACAGCAGUGGGAGGAUAUUAUGGGAGAGUUUCGAUUAUGCUUCUAAUGUACUCUUGCCUGGGAUGAAGGUUGGUGAAAACAUCAAACCGGGUUUGAAAGGAGAGAUAACUUCCUGGAGAGAUAGCUCUGAUCCUUCCACAGGGAUCUUCUCAUUGGAAUUAGACCCGUCAAAACUUCCUCAGAUAAUAAUCAAGAACGUUUCGAAGGAUAAACUGCACUGGCGAAGUGGUCCGUGGAACAAUCGAGUCUUUAUAGGCGUCCCAAGAAUGUACAGCGUCUAUGUUGAUGGAUUUUUUCUUGUUAGAGAUGGUCAACAAGUUUAUUUAACUCUUGGUUAUGGAAACAAGACUUCUUUCACUAGGUUUGUUUUAGAACCUGAUGGGAUGUUUGUUCAAAGAGAUUGGCUUGAGAAUAACAGAGAAUGGGUCGACGUAUGGCACUCACAAGAAACAGAAUGUGAUAUUUAUGGUAAAUGUGGCCCUUUUGGAAGCUGCAAUGCAUUGGAUUCACCAAUUUGUAGUUGUUUGCAAGGGUUUGAACCAAAGUCGAAAGACGAAUGGAGUAAUGGGAAUUGGUUAGGUGGGUGUGUUAGGAGGACAGAAUUGCAGUGUCAUACAAACAACAAUGCAAUUAGUACAGGUGAAGUAAGGAAAGAAUUAGAUGGUUUUUUGAAACUUGACAAGAUGAAGGUGCCUGAUCAUGUUGAAUGGUGGGAAUCUCAAAGCACAAAGGAGUGCGAGCAAAACUGUUUAAAUAACUGUUCUUGCUUAGCUUACUCAUACGAGAACAACAUUGGGUGUAUGUGGUGGGCAAGUGAUAUGCUCGAUAUACAAAAGUUUGGAAACUUCUCUAAGGCUGGUGUCCAACUUCAUAUCAAGGUCGCCUACUCAGAGCUCCCUAAGAAGAAGGAUGCCCGGUUAAUUAUUUCAAUUGCGAUCAUUAUAGGAAUAGCUGUAGUCGGUCUUUGCACGUUCAUCUGCUGGAGGUGGAUGGCAAAACAGAGAGGAGAAAAACAGAAAGGCGCAGAACUUUACUUACUUGAUUCUUGUGGAGAAACGUCAGAUGCAAACAUGUUUGGGGACAACAAAGGACUGGUAAUGUUCCAUUUUGAAACCCUGGCUAUGGCUACAAACAAUUUUAGCGAAGCGUCAAAACUUGGGCAUGGUGGUUUUGGUUCAGUCUAUAAGGCAAAUUUGGUAAAUGGACAAGUAGUGGCCGUGAAAAGGCUUGCCAAGGGUUCCGGACAAGGCUUAGAAGAGUUCAAAAAUGAAGUUCUGGUGAUCUCUAAACUUCAACACAGGAAUCUAGUUAGACUUUUAGGUUGUUGCACUGAAAGGGAAGAGAAGAUAUUGGUAUAUGAAUACAUGCCUAACAAAAGCUUGGAUGCAUUUCUCUUUGUUCCAACCCAACGAACGCUCCUGGAUUGGAGGAAACGCUUCCAUAUUAUCGAAGGGAUAACCCGUGGGAUUCUUUACCUUCACAGAGAUUCUAGAUUAAGAGUUAUUCAUAGAGAUUUGAAGGCAAGUAACGUUUUGCUGGAUGAAAAGUUGAACCCUAAAAUUUCCGAUUUUGGGAUGGCAAGGAUAUUUGGAGGCGAUGAGCUCCAGGCAGAUACCAGAAGAGUUGUUGGGACAUACGGUUAUAUGUCCCCCGAAUAUGCAAUGGAAGGUCGAUUUUCAGAAAAAUCAGAUGUUUUCAGUUUUGGAGUGUUACUACUAGAAAUUGUGAGCGGAAAGAAAAACACUAGUUUUCACCUACAAGAGUUAUCUUUAAGCCUUCUGGGAUACGCAUGGAAAUUGUGGAAGGAAAGCAUGGCGCAAGCAUUGAUUGAUCCAACUUUGUUAUCUGAACAAAAAUUUGAGGCAGACAUUCUGAGAUGCAUUCAUGUGGGACUAUUGUGUGUACAAGAAUCUGCAAAGUACAGACCAACUAUGUCUAUUGUACUGUCGAUGCUUACAAGCGAAAUUGUAAAUCUUCCGACUCCAGAGCGACCUGCAUUUAUAGAGAGAGAGGUGUCUUCUCCUUCAUGUGCAUCUUUUGACACGCCAAAGCCAUUUUCUGUAAACAAUGUAACUAUCACAAGCAUCGAAGGUAGUUGAAAAAUUUGCUUCGUUUUUUGUUUAUAUUGGAACAAGUCUAGGUCUUUGGUUCUUAUACACCGAAAAACCAAGAAACGGGCAACUAACUAGUUUUCUGUAUGUUGUUGGUUGUGAAGACAUAAAAGGCGAGUUUGGUUUAUGGCUGUGAGUGUUUGAAAAAUACCUUUCUGUAUUGUGGACCUAGUACACUGUAUAUUGCCAUGUUAAAUUGUUGGUGAGAUAAGUAAUGACGAAAAUAGACAUGUAUUAAUAAUUAUUUUUGAAUACAUUUUAAUUUCAAAUA